AUCAUGCAUUCACAUUAAACAAGUAUUGUGCUUUGCUAUUCUAGUCUCAGCUUGCUCUGAGGAGUGAAGAAUAUCGACAAUUAUUUCGGCUUCCACCCGAAGAAGUGCUUGUUCAAGAUUUCAAUUGUGCAUUCCAGGAGAGUAUUCUUCUUCAGGGUCAUAUGUACCUUUUUCUUCAUUAUAUAUGCUUUUACUCCAACAUUUUUGGAUUUGAGACAAAGAAAACAAUUGCAUUUAAUGAGAUUACAAGUGUAAAAAGAGCAAAGACUGCUGGAAUCUUUCCUAAUGCUAUAGAAAUUAUUGGUGGAGGAAGAAAGUAUUUCUUUGCAUCAUUUCUAUCUCGUGAUGAGGCAUUCAAGCUUAUUAAUGAUGGAUGGGAGCAACAUAGUAAUGGAGCCGAGGCUGCAAUAGAACAACAGUUAGUUAUAAGUAAAAACCUUUCAGCAUCUGAUUCAAAAUCAAUUUCUGAGUCUAGCAGCCAAGAGAAUGGAUUUGUUGCAAUUGAAAAGGUCAACAGCUUUAAACGCCCAAUCGAUGAGCUGGAUACUGCUGACAGGGAUAAGGCUGCUUCCACUUCAAAUGCUGCUCAGUUUUCACCCAAUGUUGAAAAUGACUUGGAAGUGGAAAAUGAUCUGGAUCUACCUAUAAAUACUGAUCCUUCAUCCUCCUUAGAUACUUGCAUUUGGAAGCCAGAGAAUUUUGAUGCACCUAAGGUUCCUGAAGAUUAUACAAAGGUUGCAGAAGCAAAGUUUCCGAUUAAGGUAGAGGAGUUUUUCAAUUUGUUUUUUUCAGAUAGCGCCAUUAGUUUCGUUGAAGCUUUUCAUAAAAGAUGUGGGGAUAAAGAAUUUAGGUGCUCUUCAUGGUACCCUCAUGACAAAUUUGGACAUGCACGUGAUGUGUCAUUUCAACAUCCCAUAAAAUUUUACCUUGGGGCUAAAUUUGGCAGCUGUCAAGAGGUCCAGAAGUUCCGAAUUUACAGAAACAGGUUUCUAUUUCUCUUUCAGGCAUUUUGCAUUUUGCUAUUUUGCAUUAUGUAUUCAUAUAUUCUUCUAGACAUUCUGACUUCUACUCUUGACAGUCAUUUGGUUAUUGAGAGCUCACAAAGAAUCAAUGACGCACCAUAUGGAGAUUAUUUUCUUGUGGAGGGGCUUUGGCAUGUAGAGAAAAAUACUAAUCGAUCACAAGAAGGCUGUGCCUUGCGGGUUUAUAUAAAUGUGGCUUUUAGCAAGAAAACAAUUUGGAAAGGGAAAAUAGUGCAGGCUACUUUGGAUGAGUGUCGAGAGACUUACGCAUCAUGGAUAGACACGGCACGAGAAAUCUUGAAGCAGAAACCUGAUAAAGAAGGUUCAACAGGGCUGAAUGUUGCUUUAAGCUCUGUUCAGAAUGGUGAUCAUCCGAUGGGAAAAGAAGCUAGGACCCAGGAACCUUCCGAAAGGUCACCCAACCUUUCAGAACCGCCUGAUUCUAUGGAUGGUAACCAACAGAUGGGGAAUCUCUUGGAUGGAAGUUUUAUUGAUGCUACAUCGGUCACAACUCUGUUGAGAGAGCUUGUGAGGAAAUCAUAUUCUUUCUUAAACAAUCAAAGUCGUAUUUCCCUAGUGGUAGCCAUUGCCUUUGUUGUGAUCUUCCUAAUGCAGAUGAGCAUACUUGUGCUAAUAAACAGACCUCAGCACGUUCAUGUCACAUAUCCGGUGGAAUACAUGGGUGGCAUGGGCGGUGAAUGGUCAACUGAAAACGUGGCUUGGUUGGAGAAGCGGGCACACCACCUUAAAGAUGAAAUGCUCAUGCUUGGGGCUCGAUUGGAAAGGUUGCAGCAUGACUAUGCCGCCUUGAAAGCACAGCUCGAAGGAUUAGAGCAUCCAAGAAAACGUAGAUAACAUUACAACAAUUUGUAUAAAAAUAUUUGUUUGUAGAUUUUUACUCGGGUAAAUUCUUUGCUUUUUCACAUAACUGAUAUAAAAUGAAGUUUUAGUU